UUCACUCACAUGCCUAAUUCCUCCAAACCCUAAACAAACAAAGCCAAAAAUCCGAAGAUCAAAGCAGCUGUCAAUAAGUUAAAACCCAGAUCUCAAAUCCCACAUCUUAUAGUUAUCAACCCCAAAUGUAAAUGUAAUUUCCCUUAUUUAACAGCGUUUUUCAUUUUUUGGUAUAUUUUCAUGGCUUCAGCUUGUGUUAACAACAUCGGCGUUCCGCCGGAGAGUUUCCAGUUCGGUUGGUUGAGUCCAAGGAUUUCGUUCAGCCGAGAAGAAGAGUCGUCGUCGAAGUCGAAGGAUGAUCCUGAAUCGACGGAAAUCCGAGAUGUUCCGGCGGGAGAGUUUGAGUUCAGGCUUGUUGAUCCCGCCUCCAUGCUCCCGGCUGACGAGCUUUUUUCAGACGGCAAACUCAUGCCUCUGCAUUUAUCCGCCGUUAAACAACAAGAACACGAACAAGAACGUCGGCAUCAGCAUCCGUCUCUGAACGCCAUCAGAUCCCGCGAAACUUCAAGUUCUUGCCCCGGAAUAGAAAUGGAGGUUUCCGGGUCGGAUCAUUACUUGUUUUCUCCCAAAGCUCCGAGUUGUUCGAGCCGGUGGAGGGAACUAUUGGGGCUUAAAAAGUGUUCAACAACAAACACUAACAAUAAUCAGCAGCAACAACUUUCCUCAAAAUCAGACUCUCAUAGCAGCAAAAUCUCGUCAUUAUCUAAUAAUAACCCAAAAUCUCUCAAAUAUUUCCUCCAUAGAAGCUCGAAAUCUUCUUCUUCCUUGGAGUCUUCAUCGAGUCUUCCACUGCUAAAAAUCUCAGAUUCUAAAUCAGUUUCCAUAUCUGCAUCGAGAUUAUCCCUUUCUUCUUCAUCAUCUUCCGGUCAUGAACACGACGAUUUCCCCCGACUGUCACUUGAUGCCGAUAAGCCAAGUCCCAACCCUUUUGCUCCCUCUAGAACCCUAAACCCAAACCCACCGAGAAUGAGGAUGGUUAAACCCAGACCAGGGUCCGGUUCAGACAGUAAUCAAACGGUAGCCAGUGGGGCUCGGAAGGGUCGGAGUCCGAUCCAGAGGGAACCAACGGCGAGCCGGGGAAUUUCAGUGGAUAGUCCGAGGAUGAAUUCUUGCGGGAAAAUCGUAUUUGAAAGCCUGGAAAGAAGCUCAAGCAGUCCAAGCAGCUUCAAUGGCGGUCCGAGGUUCAAACAAAGGGGAGUAGAGAGAUCGUAUUCAGCAAACGUUAGGAUCACUCCGGUCCUCAACGUCCCCGUUUGUUCGUUGCGGGGAUCCUCGAAAUCGGGUUCGGUUUUCGGGUUCGGCCAGCUGUUUUCGUCUUCCCCGCAAAAAAAUCCAUCGGGAACCAACAAGGGCCAUCAAAUUAACAGCAACAGAAGCAAAACAACGGAUCGGAAUCAUUGAAAACAACACGAA